UGACGUAGUUUUCAAUGAAUCACAUCGCCAGCAACGUGUCCGUUUCGAGACGGCCUGUCUGUCCGUUUGCCCUUUAAUUCGAUUUUGGCGAUGCGCGCCGAAAGUAGAUUGAAAAAAAGUGGCCCAACGUGCGACGCGUGUUUAGCAUAAUCCGGGUUGCUCGCUAUUUUGCUACAGCGUAAUUUCCCUUUUGGUUUGAAUUGCGCAUCAAACUGCGCACCACAAGAAACGGCAUUCCGUCAAAAGAAGGGGAAAACGACUUGCGGAAGGGACGAAACUGUGUCCGCGGUGCGGAGGGGGGGAAAAUGUGAUUGUUCCUAACUUGUUUACCAUCAAUUAAGGAAACAAAACGGUCAUCAUGUCGUCCGUUAAGUGAAAAAUGUCGAGGGUAAAGUGAGCCGCGCGAUUUUCUAAAUUUGUUUGAAUGCGAUUUAGUGAAGGGCGUGUGUGCGGGUACGUCACGCGCGCAUUUGUUUAGACGCGCAGCGCCCAUUGGUCGAUACAGCUACAGCACACACGUGAUGUGGCUGCUGUGAAGCGUGUACAACGAAGGGCUCACGACGGGGUGGUGUCCAGGUGUCGAGCACCUCGGUGUACUUUUCCGAUUUGGCACAUCCUAGUUCGAAUGGUGAGAAGUGAAGGUGAAACGGCCGCGUCCUCUACGGAUCUAAAGUCCCGCCGGAUUCUUGCUCUCCUUACAGGUCAACUUAGGACCACGAGGGGAACAUGAGUUUGGACACCUUGCUUGAAGCAGCACGUUAUUUGGAGUUACAAGAAUUAAAAGAGCAACAACAAAGACAGGCCGUAGCUCCCAUUGUUUCAAGCAUCAACCCCCCGCCACUUGCAACACAACCCGUCGCAAUUAUUAAACCGAUACAAGAGGCCCCAAUCGUCACGCAUCCGCCCCUAACAUCGCGAGUCAUCCAAAACAGCUUCGACAUCAUCAACCCGCUUGUCAUCGACGAGGGAGGCGAGCAGAAGCGCAAACAGCCCCCUCUGGUUUUCCGGUCGGGCACUCGCGAGGUGCACAACAAGCUCGAGAAGCACCGGCGCGCCCACCUCAAGGAAUGCUUCGACUUUCUUAAGAAGCAACUGCCGACGCAGGCGGACGAAAAGAAGACGUCGAACCUGAGCAUUCUGCACUCGGCGCUGCGCUACAUUCAGAGCCUGAAACGUAAGGAACGCGAGCUGGAACAUGAGAUGGAACGGUUGGCGCGCGAGAAGAUAUCGGCGCAGCAAAAACUCGCCGUGCUCAAAAAGGAAAUAGCCGUGCAGUGCGAUAACGUCGAUUUUAACGUUUUACUGCCGGAACCGGCGCCCGUUCCGCCACCCAACGAAACCAAGAUGGUGUCGCCGACCAUCGAACGAAUUCCUCCGCUUCCCAAACCGCCAAACGGCGUUAAAGAGGUGAGAAUUUAUCGGAUUGAAACUGAAUUAACGUAGUCACGGAAACCCAGUGUUGGUGUUACCUAGCCA